AAGAGAAGUAGAUGGGGUUGUAAUUAUUCUAUCAAGAGCUACAUGAUGUUUUCCAAUGUACCAAAUCUGCACGUAAAGCUAAAUGAUAAUGUUGAGAUAAUUAGAUAAAAUAAUGUAGAUUAUAUUAAUUUACACAAAAUUUAAUGUUAUGCUUGUGUUUAUAGCACUAAAUCGCCUUGCUCUUGCAUACCAAAGUGUCGGCAACUACAACGAGGCGAUAAAGACAUACGAAGAGUCUCUCGAGCGAUGCCAUGACGGGAAUCUAGUGGGAAAGUUGAAGACUCUCAUCAAUCUCGGUUGCUGCUACAGAGAUACUGGGAAACUUGAGAAAAGUUUGAGUUUCAUUGAGGAGGCUGUCACAAUCAGCCGAUCAUGCUAUUCAUCUUCUCAUCCCUCCUUAGCACAUGCUAUAUAUCAUCUUUCCAAUACGUACGAUUUACUUGACAGAAAAGAUGAAGCUUGGAAAUUGGCAAGAGAAGCGUUCGAUAUUGCAAGCGCAACAUUGCCGUCAUCACAUCCUCAAUUGGCUGAGUAUAUGAACGGUGUCGGUGGUUGUUCUUUCUCGCGAGGAGACUCCAACGAAGCCAUAGUGUGGUAUAAGAAAUCGCACCAAUUCCUGCAACGACUACCUUCUUCACCUACACGAGACGAUCUAUUUGCAAAAACGCUAAACGGCCUUGCUGCCGCAUACCAAAGUGACGGGAAAUACGACAAGGCGAUAAAGACAUAUAAAGAGUCGCUCAAGCGAUGCCAUGACGGCAAUCUGGGGGGAAAGUCUACGAAUGGAAAUCGUAAGUCAAUGUUUUCUAUUUUAGUUCUCAUCAAUCUUGGUCGCUGCUACAAAGAGAGUGGGAAACUUGAGAAAAGUUUGAGUUUAAUGGAAGAGGCAGUCACAAUCAGCCGAUCAUACUACUCAUCUUCUCAUCCCUCCUUGGCACUUGGUAAGAAAUCGUGA